GUGGGAAAGCGGGAGCUCACUGCACCCUACGCGACGCUCAGAGUGGAGGGGUAUUCGGCGACAGCGAGAUAAUUAAUAAUGAAGAGAUCUGUUGACUUCAGCUCCUCGGACAGUGAAUUAGACAUUGAAGAUGAAAACGGGAACAAGAAGGAAUCCAAUCCCGGGAAACUGGCAGCUUGCUCCCAGAACCAGGCACGAAAGAAGAGACGCGGAAUAGUCGAGAAACGUCGAAGAGAUCGCAUUAACAACAGUCUGUCAGAACUUCGCCGACUGGUUCCCAGUGCCUACGAGAAACAAGGAUCAACUAAACUAGAAAAAGCGGAAAUACUGCAAAUGACAGUCGAUCAUUUGAAAAUUCUCCACACGAGCAGCGGAAGAGGUUAUUUUGAAGCUCCAGCAUUUGCCACCGAUUAUCGGAUCCUGGGAUUUCGGGAGUGCUUGUCUGAAGUUGCCAGAUAUCUUAGCGUGACUGAGGGAUUGGACCAUUCUGACCAUUUGAAGACUCGCCUGGUUUCGCACUUAAACACGUACGCAUCGCAGAGGGAAGUUGUGACAGUCGAGUCAGGCCAUCAGCACUGGAGUGCAGGCUAUCCUCACCAUCCCGCACUGACCUCUUUAUCUCAUUUCAGAGCUGAAGUCCUUGCAGGCAUCUUUCCUCCUACAGACCAGAGUCAUCACAAGGAGUCAGUGCUUAGCUGUAUCCAUCUUGAACAGUUCAGGAAGGUGAAUCCCUCAGGUUGUGUGGCCCCCAUGCUGACAAAUGUUGAACAUGUACCUUCUUCAAUGUUUCCGGUUUCUGCUCUUUCGGCUAUUCCCUUCCCGUUUUCCUCUGAUCCUCUUCCUCUGUUGCCGAGUCCUGUAGCCCGGCCUCAAGUACAGGCUGUAAAAAUUGGGAAGCGCCUCUGGGCUACAGAAGUUGGGGCUUUUUAAUCUGAGCGCAUGAUUGUUAAGAACCUGUGACAGCGUUUUCUAUCAUAGUAACAUGUAUGUAAUGCUACACUACCAUGUGCACCAUGACACAGUAGGUACAUCUCUGCUAAAGUCCAAAAUAAAAACAGAGGAUUCUGGAAAUGCUCAACACACCAGCCAGCAUCUGUGGAAAGUGAAACAGAGUUUACAUUUCAUGUUUAUCUGAACUGGGAUAGAGAGAGAGAAGAUAGUUUAGAUGGUUGGGGGUGGGGGAGUAGUUGGAGGUGGGCAGAGCGAAACAAAUCUAAUAUCCCUGAUAGGGUGAGACCAGAUGCUUAGGAUCAGAUUAUGCUUUAUUGCUAAUUGCAAGGCUGUUGGACAUGCCCAUUAGGCCAAAAUAUAGUCAGAGAAGGAGCAAAACUGAGCCAAAGGCACAAAUGGGUGGCUGACAGGAGUGGCCAUUUCUGAUACGCACUGAAAGAAUUAGCUCCUACCUAAAGU